AUGGAGACACGGGGGGCGUUGAUGAAGAUGUUGGGGUUGGAUGGAGACAUUGGGUUGGAUGAGCUCCAGGCCGCUGUGGAGGAGGUGCUACCAGCCCUGCAGCACGACGGGAUCCGUGUCUUCUACCUGAGCUCCACAUCACCCACCCCGGGUGUCGAGGCCCUGCUGCCCGCCAUCGAGGAGGCCUCCGAUGAGCCCCUGCCCGCCCACCACCGAGCCGGCAUCACCCACGAGUCCAAGGCCCUCUACAUCUACACCUCCGGCACCACCGGGCUGCCCAAGGCAGCAGUGAUCACAGAGAUGAAGCUGAUGAUGGUGGCCAACCUGGGUCGGCUCUGUGGCCUGAGGUCUGAUGAUGUCAUCUACACAACGCUGCCGCUCUACCACUCAGCCGGGCUGAUGAUCGGGGUGGGAGGGUGCUUCGAGGUCGGAGCCACCUGCGUCCUACGGGCCAAGUUCUCCGCCUCCCAGUUCUGGGACGACUGCCGCCGCUACAACGUCUCCGUCAUCCAGUACGUGGGCGAGCUCAUGCGCUACCUCUGCAACACGCCCAAGCGCGCCGACGACCGGGAACACGGGGUGCGCAUGGCCUUGGGCAAUGGCCUGCGAGCAGAGGUGUGGGAGAAGUUCCUCCAGCGCUUCGGGCCCGUCUCCAUCUGCGAGUUUUACGGGGCCACCGAGGGCAACGCCGGCUUCAUCAACUACACCGGCAAGAUCGGGGCUGUGGGCAGAGCCAACGUGUUCCUCAGGAGUUUCGCUCACUUUGAGCUGAUCAAGUACAACGUGGAGGAGGACCAAGCCGUACGCGACGAGCGAGGUCUCUGCAUCCGAGUCCGCCCCGGUGAGACGGGGCUGCUGGUCGUGAAGAUCACCAAGAACACCCCUUUCCACGGCUACGCGGGCGAUUUCCAGAAGACAGAGCGGAAGAUCUUGAGGAACGUCUUGGUCAAAGGUGACAUGUUCUUCAACAGUGGCGACCUCCUCAUGAUCGAUGAGGAGAGAUUCAUCUACUUCCAGGACCGCGUGGGAGACACUUUCCGCUGGAAAGGUGAGAACGUGGCCACGACAGAGGUGGAGGCCACUCUUGCCAUGGUGAACUUCAUCCAGGAGGUCAAUGUCUACGGAGUGUCCGUGCCAGGAUGCGAGGGGAGGUGCGGCAUGGCGGCCAUCUGCCUGAAGGCCGGGGCGAGCUUCGAGGGCGAGAACUUCUACACCUUCACCAGGGACACGCUGCCCAGCUACGCCGCCCCCCGCUUCAUCCGCAUCCAGAAUGCCCUGGAGACCACGGGGACCUUCAAGCAGUGCAAAGGCAACCUCGUCAAAGAAGGCUUUGACCCCAACGUCAUCAAAGACCCGCUCUUCUUCCGCGAUGACAAGAAGUCGUCCUACGUGCCCUUGAACCCUGACAUCUAUGCCGCCAUCUUGGACAUGAAGCUCAGCCUGUAG